CCGGCUGCCGGGUGGGAGCCGGUCCGCGCAACGCGCAUGCUCCAAGAGCGGCGCCCCCGACUCUGCGCUCGGCUCUGCUCGGGCAUUUCCGCCUCUUUGUUUUAAACUCCGGACGGGUUUUUUUCUCCUGCUCUUGGGGGGGACCCGGAGGGAGCGGCGCCCCCUCCCUCUCCCGGCGCGGCCCCCGCGUGCGCCCCGCUCGCCCGAAGCUGAGACGGCAGGUAAAGGAAGAGACCGUUUGCCUGAGCAGCCGAAGCUGCUGGUCCGGGGAGCCAGGCUCUGUGUGGACGGCACGUGUGGGUGACGCCUCGUCCCGUGUGUCUCCACAGGCUUCAAAAAUGUAGCGGACGAUCCGGCUGUGUGUACAGCAGGUGCCGUUUCUGUGCUAGAAAAUGGAAAGACAGCGAGAGACACAAGGCAGGCACAGACGUGACGAGCCAGAGCGCAGAGGGCACGGCGGACGAGGAGUGACCGCGUCGCACCCGUAGCCGGAAGCGUCCGAUGCAGAGGCAGCAGGAGGGGACAGACAGCCUCGCGAGGAGAAGCCAAAGAUGUUGACCAGAAAGAUUAAACUCUGGGACAUAAACGCCCACAUCACCUGCCGCCUAUGCAGCGGGUAUCUCAUCGACGCGACCACGGUGACCGAGUGUCUGCACACGUUCUGCCGGAGCUGCCUGGUGAAGUACCUGGAGGAGAACAACACGUGCCCCACGUGCAGGAUCGUCAUCCACCAGAGCCACCCUCUGCAGUACAUCGGUCAUGACAGAACCAUGCAAGAUAUUGUUUACAAAUUGGUCCCAGGCCUCCAAGAAGCGGAAAUGAGAAAACAGAGGGAAUUCUACCACAAAUUAGGCCUGGAAGUGCCUGGAGACGUCAAGGGGGAGACCUGUUCUGCAAAACAGCACCUAGAUUCCCAUCGAAAUGGAGAAACCAAAGCGGAUGACAGUUCGAACAAAGAAGCGGCCGAGGAGAAGCAGGAGGAGGACGGCGACUACCACAGGAGCGACGAGCAGGUGAGCAUCUGUCUGGAAUGCAACAGCAGCAAACUGCGGGGCUUGAAACGGAAAUGGAUCCGCUGCUCAGCCCAGGCCACAGUCCUGCACCUAAAGAAGUUCAUUGCCAAAAAACUCAACCUCUCGUCUUUCAACGAGCUGGACAUUUUAUGCAACGAGGAGAUCCUUGGCAAGGACCACACGCUCAAAUUCGUCGUUGUCACAAGGUGGAGAUUCAAGAAAGCACCGCUCCUGCUGCACUACAGACCCAAGAUGGACCUGCUGUGAGCCGCGGCACAGCAAAGACUCAGCCGCCUGGGGGCCCCGUGAGGACGCAGCCAGGCGGGGCCGCCAACGCGUAGGGUGCUGCCCUGGGCGCCGUUUGGACUGGAUCCCGAGCAGAGAAUACGUAUCACUUCUGUAUGAGAGUCGCACUCGCCGAGACGCCCCGGCACAGGGUUGCAGGCGGGACGCGCCUCGCGGCCGGAGCCACCUCUGCUCCGGCUCGCCGACCAGCGGGCGGGUGCGGCGACGGCCUUCAUCCCGACCCGUGCCCUUUGCUUGCUGUCCAGGUCUUGAAAAUCUCGGUCACUUCCGUUCAGUUUAUGAAUUAGGUUUCACGAUAAGCCCCCAAAAUACUUGUACGUUUAUUGAAUCCUUCCUAAGUUAUUGACAAAAUGUCUUUUCACGGUGAAUGACGAUAUUUAUGUUGCCUUUAGCUUCCUGAAGACUUAGAAGAUAUAUAAAAAUUUAAUUUAAAAGCAUACCAAAAGAGCUUUCCAUGAGUAUCGUGAGUGAACCAUGGUAUUUCAUUUUCCACGUCAGGGAACGUGAAGCCGAGGGCUGCCCUGACUCCCGGGGGCCCGCGGCCCGGCUGGGGGGCUGCACCCUGACCCCGAUGCGGCCGCCCCGCCCGGUCAGCAGGGCGGGCCGGAAGACGACAGUUCGCAGGACGAUUCUUGUUCUCAAAAAUUGCUUCUCUUAAAUAGGGCACAGGUGGUUCAGUGCCGUCGUUUUACUUCCCGCUUAUUCUUUCCCGUUUUUGUUUUGCUGAAGAGAUUGAUGGUGGUGGCGGGGGGCCUUUCCCGAGACGGCGCCCCCGUCCGCGGCGGGGCUGGUGCCCAGGGGGCGUGCCUCCACCAAAGCCCCACGUGUGCAGACCCCGGGUCCCACCGCGCCCGCCUUCGGAGGUGGGCACGGAGCAGCUGGCACUCUGGCCGCUGUUGGCGGGGACGCUGGAGCCACAGAGGGCGGGCGGGCGGGCCCCUGUGCGGCUGCGGCUGCCUGUCCAGUGACUUAAUGACCUGCAGCGCGGGCAGACGCAGCACACCCUCUGUUAGCCCUUUCUCCUCCCAAAUGUUAAUAUUUUUGUGGAAUUGGAGAAUAAACUCUUUGCCAGCACAUCCAUUUUUGUUCCUUUAAGGUAGUAACUUGGAACGUGUGAAGACAGGAACAAGGAGGCGGGCCUUCUCCGGGCGGUAAGCUGGUCCCCGCUCCGUGGCCGUCCCUGUCCGCAUCCGGUGGUUUCUGCCUGACCUUUGGGCUCCUCCCUUUCUGUCACCUCCUGCAUCACCAGGGCCCUGGGGUCCUGGGGCCGCUUCAUUUGGUAGGUGGUCCUGACAGUGGCUUGAGAGCCGGGUUUUCCAUGAAGAACUUCGCCUUGGUGACUAGAAUUUUUCUUGAACUUGCUUUGGCAGUGGUGGUUGGGCUCAUCGACAUUCAAGUUUGUUUGUUUUUUUCUGCUUCCUGUUUCAUACUUAUAAAUGUCAGAAGCAGCUCCUUAGUGAUGGGAAAAGCAAAUUAACUCAGUCCAAGUGGUUUUAAUAUAAGGCCUUUCAAAAGCAUAAAACCAAGUUUUUCUUAGGAAUUGGUCAAAAUUCAUCUCUUUAUUUCAGCCUGUUAUUCCCGGGACUGUUUGAAUUAUUCAGUUACCUGAGCUUGCUGUUCGUCCAGAUCAUUUUUUAGGGUUACUAUUCAAGGGUUCAGUGAGUAGAUGUGUAUGACUAAGUAUUACCUGUCUACCUCAAAUACACAUUUCUGCUGAAGCAUUCUGUAAAACCAUGUGUUCUCAAUGCAGUUGAAGUGUAACAUUAGAAUUUAGGUAUUUUCCUGUGUGAUGAAAGUAAGGAAGGAUUAAACAGUAUGAGCGUCCAAAUUCAAAUAAAAUUAAUUCACAGGUCAGAUUAAAAUGGACCUGGCUGUAUAAUCUCAUAGUAUAUAUUUAUAACUUUGCAGCUAUCUUUGCAAUCACUUGAAUUUGCUAUGGUGCUAAGUUGAUGUACUUAAUACACAGAGAGGUGGAGAUGAGUCAGAGCUGGCGUCACCACCCCCACUGCGCCCUGACCACCUGCUGAUCCCACGUUUGUAACCGUGUCACCCUGAUGAAACCUCAGCAGCAGAAGUACCCAUUUUUCUAAGAUGUCCUCGUGCAGACCGUCUUCACCACAGGAGAUCCCUGUUCCCGCCACCUCUGGUCUGACCACAGCCUUAUGGGGACGGAGCUGGGGGCCUCGCCGUCAGAGGGAAACUUUCACUUUUCUCUCAUGUCCGUUUAACAUCAAAGGCAGGAUUUUAUCUUUUCCAGCAUGAAAGCCAGGAUCAGUUAGAGAUUGGAUCCUAUUAAGUUUUGUUUUUUUUUUAACAGAUGGAGUUACUGUGAAGUAGUUUUCACAGCUAUUUAUGCUGGUAAAACAAACGCUGUCAGUUACCGAACGGCACCCUCAUCAGCAGCGUGGGCCCGUCAGCAGCACAGGGUCUCACUAGGUCCAGGCGUCAUGAAAAUAGAAGAUUCAGAUAGAAUAUAUAAUAUUGAAUUUAAGAUUUGGGGGGUUAAAAAGAAGAAAACUUAACUUUAUAAAAUUAUUUAUUCUAUUUUAAGCCUUCUAUCAUAUUUUCCCAUCCAAUUGUUUGGUUUCAGUGGUCCAGCUUUAUUUACAGGCAUAUAAGAUAAAGUUGUGAGGUGUUUGGCAAGCUUCUUCUUUUUACUUUGAGUAGCGUUUCAUUUGUGUGUGUUGUUGUACGUGGAUGAGGAGCAGUUUACGCUUCUGUGCAACAGGCUGCAGCGCGCAUUCACUAGACUUACGUUGCAUUGUCCGUAGCGUCUGUUCUGCUGAAUUGAGGCAGUGUAGGCAGACUCUCAGAACAUGUACGUUCAGCUCUUUGGUUUUCCUUUUCCGUCGUCGUUCUCAUGAAAACACUGCUGCUGGGAGUGCGCGUGGGCCUGUGCAAGGGGCCUGGGCCAUCGGUAAGAGUGAGUGACCGGCCAGCGGCCGCAAGGUGACAUGUGGCCUAGACUGGCCUCGUGCCUCAGACCCCGCGUGCUGGUGGCCCGGGACGCACCCCUGUGUCGACCACAGAUGUGACGGUGCUACCUGCCCAGGCUCCUGAGCCCGCCAGGGCGUGCAGCCUUGAUGCCUCCUCGUGGCAUUUGAGGUCUUUAGAAAUUCGUUUGUUUUUUCUUCAAAGCCCACAGGAUGGAUUUUACAGUGAUUUUGAAGUGUGUCAUUGGAUUGAAUAUUAUGGGAACAAGCCAGCUGAUUUCUACUUUGUACGCGAACGUUUGAUGUGCUCUCAGAACGCUGAAAACACAUUUAGUGCAGAUAAAUCACAAGAAGUUCAGUGUCUCUGUUUCCUCAGGAAAUCACUUACACUCAGCACAUCACAUGUGACCUUAGUGUGAUAAACCAAUGUGUUCCUCUGCCUUGGUAUUUAAACAAACUGAAUAGGUUAGGGUAAGUCGGUUAGAAAACGAUUCAAGUGACACCGAAAUCAUCACUGAGAUUCUGUCCCUUCCUGGGGACUGCCGGGCCCCUCACCAGCUCACGUGAGUCUCCGCGUCCAUGGGUGCAUCUGAAGUUUACGUGUCCCCUAGAACGUGUGUAGCAUUAGCGUAAAUGUCUAUUUCAACAGCUUCAUUGGGUGCAAGAAAACCAUUUUUCCCGUGUGAUGCAGCGUUCAGGGGCGAGAGCCCUUGCCGACCCUGGCAUCCCGUGUGGAGAUUGGGGGCUCUGGGGGAUUGUGGAGGUGACGCUGCAGACAAAUGUUUUUGACUGUUUAGUUUGGAAGUUUACAUUUUUUAUGCUUUGUGUUGGUGUGUAAUUUUUUGUACUCUUGGUGGCUAGUUUUUAUCUAAAAUCUUUUUUGGAAUAUUGCUUAACUGUUUUGAUUUUAUGAUAGUGAAGCUUGUAUUCAGUGUUUUGCCAAUUGAUAUUAUAUGCUUGUAAUAAAAGCAAAAGGAAAACCUACCUAGUUCUCUGAGGCUGGACAUUUGUUACCUAAGAUGUUUGUAAGAGCGUGAGAUAGGUGCCCUGUUAAGGUGAUACAGUGUAACGAAGAGUCCGU